CUAUAACCCGGAAAUCAACCGUGGUCUGUCUCUUAUGUUGUAACGCGUAGCUAGCAAAACAGCUAUCGAUUUCUUCAGCCGUCGUUUUAACCAAGUCAUUUUAAAUAUAUGUCAUAAUUUAUAGCUGUGUGUAGUGUAUUGUUAUACUACGGGAGAUGGGAGUCCCCGCAUUUUUUCGUUGGUUGAGUCGGAAAUAUUCUACGAUUGUUGUCCAUUGUACAGAGGAGAGGUCCAAGGAAUGCAAUGGCAUACGGAUUCCUGUUGAUACCAGCAAACCGAAUCCAAAUGAAGUGGAGUUUGACAAUUUGUACUUGGACAUGAAUGGGAUAAUUCACCCAUGUACACAUCCUGAAGACAAGGCUGCACCUAAAAAUGAAGAUGAAAUGAUGGUUGCCAUCUUUGAAUACAUGGAUCGGCUCUUCAAUAUUGUGCGGCCCAGAAGGGUUCUUUACAUGGCAAUUGAUGGAGUGGCCCCUCGUGCCAAAAUGAACCAGCAGCGGUCCAGGCGAUUCCGCGCCUCCAAGGAAGGAGUGGAACUGGUUGAGGAGAAAUCCCGCAUCCGAGAGGAGAUCCUCGGGAGAGGAGGGUAUCUUCCAUCAGAGGAAAUCAAGGAGAGAUUUGACAGCAACUGUAUCACCCCAGGCACAGAGUUCAUGGACAACCUUGCAAAGUGUCUCCGUUACUACAUUGCAGACAGACUCAGUAAUGACCCUGGAUGGCGUAACAUUACAGUCAUCUUGUCUGAUGCCAGUGUCCCUGGUGAGGGGGAACAUAAGAUCAUGGACUAUAUCAGACGACAGAGAGCUCAGCCCCACCAUGACCCCAACACACACCACUGUCUUUGUGGAGCUGACGCUGACCUUAUCAUGCUGGGCCUUGCUACUCACGAGCCCAAUUUCACCAUCAUAAGAGAGGAGUUCAAGCCCAACCAGCCUAGGCCCUGUGCUAUGUGUGGACAGAAAGGCCAUGAGAUCAAGGACUGCCAGGGAGUGGCCAGGGAGAAACAGGGAGAGCAUGAUGAGUUUGCAGACACUAUGCCGGCUUCUGAACAGGAGUUCAUAUUCAUCAGGCUGUGCGUUUUGCGCGAGUACCUGGAGCGAGAGCUGACAAUGGCCAGUCUGCCCUUUCCAUUUGACUUUGAGAGGACUGUCGACGACUGGGUCUUCAUGUGCUUCUUUGUUGGCAAUGAUUUCUUGCCCCACUUACCGUCCUUAGAGAUUAGAGAGGGUGCAAUAGAUCGUCUGGUGGGCAUCUACAAAGACGUUGUGCACAAGACUGGGGGCUACAUCACAGAGAAUGGCUUUGUCAAGUUGGAGAGUGUUGAGUUGAUCAUGCAGGCAAUCGGCGUGGCUGAGGACAACAUCUUCAAGAAGCGCAAAGAGGACGAUGAGGGAUUCAAGCGAAGGAAUAAGGAGAAAAAGAAGAGGAUGAAGGCUCAGCAGCAGGGCCCAUCCUACCUGACCAGCGGUCAGUUUGCCCCCCAGGCCCUUGGCGGCAGAGGCAGACCUGAGGUUGUUCAGAACGCCCGGCACCAAGCCUUCGAUAUGAGGAUGCAGGGCAGGGACCAGCACAACAAGGCAGGGACCAGUGAUGGGCAGGAUAGCCGCGGUGUGAAGCGGAAAGCCGAGGACAGCGACAGCGAACCAGAUCCUGAAGAUAACGUCAGGUUGUGGGAGGAUGGCUGGAAGCAGCGCUACUACAAGACCAAGUUUGACGUUGACGCGACUGACGAUGACUUUCGCAAAAAGGUGGUGAAGUCCUACGUGGAGGGUCUCUGCUGGGUCCUGAGAUACUACUACCAGGGGUGCGCAUCCUGGAAGUGGUACUUCCCGUUCCACUACGCCCCGUUCGCCUCCGACUUCAAAGACAUCAAAGGCAUGUUCACCGACUUCGAGCUUGGGACCAAGCCGUUCAAACCCCUGGAGCAGCUGAUGGGCGUUUUCCCUGCCGCCAGUGGAAAUUUCCUGCCCGAAACAUGGCGGUCACUCAUGAGCAAUCCAGAAUCCUCCAUCAUUGACUUCUACCCUGACGACUUUGCCAUUGACUUGAAUGGAAAGAAGUACGCUUGGCAGGGUGUUGCAUUGCUGCCCUUCGUGGAUGAGCGCAGGCUGAGGGCAGCCCUGGCUGAAGUCUACCCAAACCUCUCUACAGAGGAAAACCAGAGGAACAGCCUUGGCAGUGAUAUGCUGUUUGUGGGGAAGUCCCACCCUAUCUGUGACUUCAUCCAGGAACUGUACCGUGGAGAAUCUCACGAGGGCACUGAAAUGCCGGCAGAACUAUGCCAUGGAAUUCAAGGUACAUUAAAUCUUGACGGAGACCCUAUCCUACCAGAUAAGCCAGUGGAGUCUCCUAUCCCCAUGCUACGGGACAUUGCACAGAACAGUGCCAUUGGAGUGAAAUAUAAGGACCCACAGUUCGGAGAGACCUUUGUGUUCAAGGCUGUCAUUCUUCCUGGAGCCAAGCUUCCUGCCAAGGUGCUGAAGCCUGGAGACUGGGAGAGGGGUAACCGUGGUAGGGGUAACUGGAGGCCCCAACUGGGCUUCAACUCCAACCGGCAGCAGGUCCACCUGGACCAGUCAUCCUUCAGGGCUCUGGGUCACAGCAUUAACCGACAGCAGCAGGGAGGUGGACAGUACAGCAACGCUCCGCCCCCUGGCAACUACCACCAGGGGAACUACAGCAGGCCCCCCCACGGUGGUGGUCAAUUUCCACAUUCCAGGCAGCAGGGUCUUCUAGGGGCACCUCCCCCAUACAACCCUAACCCUGUACAGCAAUAUCCAAGACAGCAGUAUGGUGGUGGUGGUGGUGGGCACGGCUGGGACCGGUCGAUGCAGUCCCAGGGAGCUGCCUACCAGCAGAACGCGCAGAGAGGAGGCCAUGGAGGGGGGCAGGGUCAGGGUGGAUACCAGCAGCAACGUGGUCAGGACGACCGUAGAGGAGACCGCAGAGACGACCGUGGUGGACAACCGGGAUACAACUCUGGACGGAAUUACCCCUUGCCACCCCCAGCAAGAAGAUACAAUUGGAGUUAAAUUUAGACAUGGAUGGGCAGAAGGCCAAUAUGAUUAUUUUUUGCUCGCUAUAUUUGUCUUUCAGGCUGUUUACUUGUAAGAUGUUUUUUCUUUUAAUAAUACUUCAAUUUUUCUUAUGUACUGACUUUUUAAGAAUAAUGCCUGUAAAACUUGUGAAAUACAAGUGAGUCAAAAGACAAUUGUGUCAUGGUCAGUUUGUCAAGUUCAUAUUGCCCCCUCUAAUUUAGAUUAGCUUAAUUUUAUUUCACAUUUUCAUAAAUGUAGCCAAAUUAAACUAUUCAGCUCUUUGCAUCACAUAUACCUUACUUUUUUCUAAUCAUAUUCCUCUUUCAGUCCUCACAAUCGCCAUAAGCUUUCUGAUGUGAAGCAUUCAUAGAAAAAUAUCUGUAAACGAAAAAUUUAACAUGAGUUAAUGGCACAUCUUUAGACAAAGGUUUUAUUAUGUUUGAAUGUUUUUUUGUCAAUUCAAAGUUCCUUGUAUUGACAAACUCCAUGGCAGUUGCAUAGAGGCUUUGAGAUAUAAUUACAUGGGAAAUAAAAUAUAGUUUCUGAUUAGGCUCUUGUUUUAUUAAAUCAGUUUCCCAUUUUCACAGGUACAUAAAUAACUUUAUGGUCCUCUAAAUAUAUUUUAUUGGUCUCAAUUCAGUGCCCCUUUAUUUAAUUCGGACUCUAUUAUAAAGUAGGCUAAUUUAUCACAGUAAUAGUUGGCAUGUUAUUUGCUUAUAUUUCAAAUGUUCAAAUCACUGAGCCAACGAAUAACAAAUUAUAUUUAUUUAAAAUUUGAAACAUUAAUUGAGCUCAGUUGUUACAGUAGUUCGAAAUUCUGGCCUUUCAUCAUCUUUGUCUUACAUUGUUUGCUCAGUCCAGAGGCCCAAUUUAAAUAUCCUGCAAAUAGUCUUGCAUUUUAGGACUUUGUCAUGCUGGAGACUACGUGCUUAAAUAUUUAUGUCCACUUAACCAGGCCUGCUUGUAACGGCAACAAAUAUUGGAAUUUAUAUUUAUUGAAUCUGUUUUUUGUUCAUUAAUUGGGUGGUAAGAACUAAUAACAAUGAUGUAAAUUACAAUAAUUGUAAUUUAAUUAUAUUAGGCCAACGUCAAACUCAUAAUUGUGCUAUAAUGUACCGGUAAAAUUCGCUUCGUCCCCAUGUGCCAGAUGAAUAAGCAGAAAUGCUUACAUGUCAAGCGAUUUAUUGUUGGUUCAACUGGAUUGUGAUGUGUAUAUAUGUAUGCUAUGCAGCAGCAAAAACAUUUGUAAUUUACAAAAAAUGAUAAACAUUUCGUUUUAAAAACAAGAAUCAUACUGUCACAUGAAAUAUUUCUGUUAACUAUAUACUGUUCAGGUUCAUUAAUCGAAAUAUUACAAUACUUUGACCUGAUACACUCAAUGUGUCCGUAAAGAAUUUAAUUCCAACAAAUAAAACUUCACUCCCUUCACACCGUCA